UUCAAAGUCACUUCUCUCAUUUUGGUCCCAAAUUUCCUAAAGCUUUCCAGUUUCCACAUUUCCCCUUAAAAUUUUCCAUAUCCUAAAAGGAAAUUAAUUCUUUCAAAAACCAUAAUUUUAUCACCGAUGGAGAAGCUACAAAAGAUGGUAUCCGAGAAACCUGUUGUGAUCUUCAGCAAGAACUCGUGCUGCAUGUCCCACUCAAUCAAGACUCUCUUCGUCGACUUUGGCGUGAACCCAACGAUCUAUGAAUUAGAUGAGAUCAACAGAGGUAAGGAGAUAGAACAAGCACUAGCUCAGCUAGGCUGCAGCCCGACUGUUCCUGUGGUGUUCAUAGGAGCCCAACUCGUUGGUGGAGCCAAUCAAGUCAUGAGUCUUCAUCUCAAUCGCUCUCUCGUCCCAAUGCUUAAGCGCGUUGGAGCGCUAUGGGUUUGAUAAUAAACGCACACAAUAGAAAAAUCCGCAUCAAGUCACUUAGUCACCUAGCCUAAGUAUGUACCUUGCAAAUUAUUCUAAUAUUUUGUAAGAACAAGAUGAAACUAAAAAAUUAGAUCAUCCACACAUAUAUUUUAACUAAAUCUUUCUAAGUUUUGAUGAGAUAAAUUAUGAAUGUACCUAUUUUUAAAACGUGCAAUUAUUAAAGGCAGCUUGAGUCUUUCC